AUGAAGUGGUCGUUCUUGGCCGUGGUCUUUGGCCUAUGCUCGGUCGUCUGGGCCAGCAAUUUGCCCACCUCCAAGUCGCAAUAUUGCUUCUAUUCGAUCUAUAAGUCUUUGACCUCGUUGACGUUCGAGACCGAGGCUACUUCGUCGGCGCACACGCACACAAGCUCCAAGGCCAACCGUACCUCUACAUCUGCCAGUCAUGGGGCGAGCAUGGCCCGCAGAGGUGGACGAGGAGGCGGUGCGUCGACGACGACCAAGUACGAACCGUACUGUGAGGACACCAUCGAGGUUACUUCGAUCUACGCGUCGAUGAAGGAAUAUUGCUCCGCCAACGAGAUUGUCAAGGGCGUGGCGUACUGGCAGGUGCUCUGUGGCAAGAACCAGGUGGACUUGAUCAAUCUCACCGCGAUCGACACCGAGCUCACCCCCCAAUACCUCGCCAGUCUGCCCGCCGUGGCCCCUGACACUUACAACACCUCCGUGACUGUCACGAGUCCCGUGUUGUUGGAGAAGAGCUACUAUAAACGGUAUCUGCGUCGAUUGGAAGCCACAAUCAACGCAACACCAACGAAUAUCGUCUACGGAUGGGCGCUGAUCGGAUACUGGGGCGGGGUCAUAGUCUUGGGCAGUCUGUUCAAUCUGUCCAAGGCAUCUCCCUGGUCCCUUUCUCGAGGUCCCCUCGCCACCCUCCGAUAUUAUUUGAGACUGCACCUGGUGAUCCCCGCCACCGUCGGCACCUAUCACCAACGAGCGCUGUACUGGUGUAACAUCCCCAAGCGAUUGGACUCAGUCAUCGUUUUUGGCUUCUGGGCUAUAUCGAUUGUCCUGUCAUGCGUCAAUCUUGGUACCUUCUCGGGGAAUCCCACGACCCCCGACGUGUCUCAGCAGAAUUGGGUAUAUCUAUCGGACCGCACGGCCGUGCUGUCCUAUGCGUGUCUCUGUUGGCUGUGGAUGUUCGGAGGCCGGAACAACAUCUUCCUCUGGUCAACCGGCUGGAGCUACGGGACCUUCUCGGUCUUCCACCGCCAUAUUGCUCUGGUGGCCACGCUCGAGGCGGUGGUUCACUCCAUUGGAUAUACCGUCCAAUGGAACGUCUAUUCUUCCGACUACAUUCCUGCUUUGAAAGAUCUAUACUUUGUGUUGGGAAUUGUGGCAACGAUCAUCAUGUGUCUCAUGAUUCUUUUCGCGAUUCUUCCUAUCCGCCAGCGAUUCUACGAGCUCUUCCUCCUCAUUCACAUUGCCUUCGCGGUCGUGCUUCUAUACUGCUUGUAUAUUCACACGGCGCAGAUCGGAGCAGUGUAUUACAGUGGCUAUCUCUGGCCCCCCGUGGCCAUCUGGAGCUUCGAUCGCUUCCUCCGCCUGGUCCGCCUGGUUUGGUGCAACGUCCGCGUCUGGUAUGGCCAUGCCAGCCGCACCCAGGCGGUGGUGCACUACAGCCCCGCCAGCGAUGUGAUGCGCGUGGAUAUCCUGAAUGCCACGGUGCAGGGCGGGCCGGGACAGUACUAUCAUCUAUACCAACCCAUGACGCUGAGAGGGUGGGAGAACCACCCCUUCACGCUCGGUGCGUUCUCUACCAGCACCGCUGCUAGCAGCCCCAUCGCCACCCCGGGGCAGGUCGAGGACGGUCUCAAGCCAUCCACACCACAGGUGCAAGUGACCGAGACCGGCUCAGCGUCACCCCCAACCUCGAUCCUGACGUUCUGGAUCCGCCCCUAUGACGGCUGGACCAAGCGCCUCCGCGACCAAUGCAGGCAACAGCCCGGCAACACCGUCCAUCCCACCCUCCUCCUUGAAGGUCCCUACGGCCACCGCGCCCCGCUACGCACCUAUCACACUCUCAUCAUGAUCAUGGGUGGCACGGGGAUUGCCUGCGCGAUCCCCUACCUCCAGGACCACCUGACGCGCCGACGGCGUCAGGCGCCCACAUCGACGGUCCGCAUUCAGCUCCACUGGACCGUGCGCCAGCCGGCCUUCGUAGCGGAGCUGCUGCAGCGCGAGCUUGCAGACAUCCUUACCAGCGGCGACGUGCAGGCAUCCUUCUACUGCUCUCGCAAGGGGGUCGUCGUCGAGGACGAGCGUGUCCCGACGGUAGUCGACUCCGCGAAUGAAAAGGGAACUGCCACCGGCGCGAAGCUCGUUCACUCCGCCGCGGGGACAAUCCACCCCGGCCGGGCGCCCAUUGACCAGAUUCUCGCCGAGGCGGGCGCCGUCGCCGCGGCGGAGAACACGCGAGUCGCGGUUGUGAGCUGCGGCCCGGCUGCCAUGGCCGACCAGACCCGGGCGGCGGUGCAUGCGGCGCUGAAGCAGGGGUGUCGCACGAUGGACUAUUUCGAAGAGGCGUAUGGCUGGUAG